AUGUCGGCAACAAAGUUUGGCCUCAAUUAUGACGAUAUAAUAUCUUUACUGUCUGGUGCAGUGUGCUCAGGUGGUCCUUCGCGUCUCAAGUCUGAAGUUGGUCGAGUCGGAAUCUUGAUGUCACCAAACUACCCGUCAAACUAUAACAAUAACACCUCUUGUUCGCGUGUGAUACAAGCGGACUAUAAAUAUGUCAUCAAAGUCACUGUUUUGAACGCCAGCAUGGAACCAUGCUGUGACUACGUACAGAUGUUUGACGGUAUGUCUUGUACCUCUUCAGUUCCUACACUGGGAUGGUUUUAUAUGCCAUCUAACCCUUUCUACAGUACUGGAUACUACAUGUGCAUCAGGUUUGUUAGCGAUGGGUCUGUCACGAGCUCUGGCUUUUUAUUGACCUACGAGUCAGUGUAUAUACCUGUGUGCUCUGUCAGCAGUCCAGCACUCUCUGCUCUUGUCGGGAACAUCAGAUACCUGACGUCUCCUAACUACCCGAAUAACUAUUACAAGUACGUUUUCUUGAAAAACUGA